GUACGCAGGUGCAGUAGAGCAGGCAUAAGAGGACACGCCUAUAAAACUCUGCCAUUCAACUGUGAAGAGGACCAAAGAGGUGGAGCUGGAGCUCAACACUUAGCUGGAUGUGCUGGAAGCUGUUUUACAUCCAUACAGGUUGUGGACUCGUAGAAAAUGUUUGGCCCUUUCAGCAAACGUCUUCAGGACUAUCUGGCUGAGCGAAAGCGUCGCCGGGCCAGGCUGGUGACCAAAGACGGCCACUGCAACAUCGAAUACGGAAACAUCAAGUACAGCAAACAUUUUGCUUUCCUGGCCGACUACUGGACCACAUUCGUGGAGAUCCGCUGGCGUUUUGUGCUUUUAGUCUUCAUUGCAACUUUCACCCUGAGCUGGUUCAUCUUCGGCCUGCUCUGGUACUGGAUUGCUCGUAGUAAUGGAGACCUGACGUGGCAGGAGCCCCCCGAGGACCAUGCGCCUUGUGUUGAUAAUGUUGUCGGACUCACCACAGCUUUCCUGUACUCCCUUGAAACCCAAACAACCAUUGGGUACGGUGGCCGAGCCCUGACUCCGGUUUGCCCCGGUGCUGUGGCCCUUAUCAUCAUCCAGUCUCUCCUUGGCGCAGUCAUCAACUGCUUCAUGUGUGGAAUCAUUUUAUCUAAAAUCUCUUCACCUAAAAAGAGAGCGAAGACCAUCUCAUUCAGUGACAUGGCUGUAAUCAGCCCAAAGAACGGCGCGCUCUGCUUGUCAAUACGAGUGGCCAAUCUUCGAAAGACCCUCAUGAUAGGAAGUCAGAUCUAUGGCAAACUGCUGCGAACCACCCAUACAGCAGAUGGCGAGACAAUAAUCAUGGACCAGGUGAACAUUGAAUUCAUGGUAGACGCCGGAAAGGACAACCUGUUCUUUGUGUGUCCGCUCACACUUCGUCACGUCAUCUGCAAGGGAAGCCCCUUCUUUGAGAUGGCAGUGGACACACUCCACAAGCAAGAGUUUGAGCUGGUCGUCUUCUUGGACGGUACCGCAGAGUCCACCAGCUCCUCCUGUCAAGUCCGGACUUCCUUCAUUCCCCAGGAGAUCAUGUGGGGCUACAAUUUCCUGCCCAUCAUCUCCCGAAGCAAAGAAGGUAAAUACCGGGUGGAUUUCUCCAACUUUUCCAAGGUGGUACCUGUGGCCACUGCGCAUUGCGCCUACUGUUUCCACAACAUCAAAGGGCACCACCACCACUCCAAAGAUGGACUUGACAACCAAGGUUUUGAGGUGAUUGAUAUCCAUGAUCCUGCAAGUAUCACCAAGAUGUAAAAGCACAGAGGCAGUGAACAAGACACUCUGGUAGAUGCCUCCUACCGCCCACUGUUGAACCCCUUAAGCAUCCCAAAGUUUAUUUGGGAAAACCGCAUGUACAGAAAAUGUUAAGUGAAGGAAACCUCAUUAUCUUUCGGAAAUGUAUUGAACAAUUGUAAUUGCCACAUCUAUCACUGGCUAUCGACCAAAGAACAUGUUUUCCAAAGGGUUGCCAUGUCAUGGAAAUUACUUGGUUGAAAAAGAUGAUUAUAAGUCCUCGCACAAGGAUGAUAAUUUUACCUCAGGUCCUGCACAUCGGAUUUACUGAGGAUCACGAAGACUGUAUUAUUCUGUAUGAAUCUGUAUGGAUCUUACUUGAAGAACUUGUUUUGGGUGCCUUGUGGAUGACAAAACAAUAUUAGUGGUUGUUUAAUAAUUCAUAUCUGCCAUUCACAAAAAGACAUUUGGGCUCUUUGUUAGAAACAUUAAUCUAUUCCAGCACUGGCACAGGUUUAGUGUGGAACCUUCGAGUGAUGGUGGAACCAAGUUCUCCUGAAACACUUAAAAAUAUGACUGCAUGCAGUCUGACCUAUUGAAUGAAAUCAAAUUUGUUUAUGUUUUUUUUGUAUUUUAUCUCAGGGGGGAAAGUGAAAUAAAAUUAUUUUUACACUCAAUAACGUUUGCCUCGCA